AUGGUGAAUUUUCUCUCCUUCUCCUUCGAGACCAAUGCUAGUCUUUACUCGCCGGCAACCCGGAGAAGAUGGUCGCCGGCCGGAGCCACGUGGUAUGGAGCUGCCAAUGGAGCCGGAAGUGAUGGUGGAGCAUGUGGAUAUGGGAAUGCAGUAGGGAGCCGGAAGCAUCCAUUCUCCUCUAGCAUUGCUGCUGGAAGCCCCUCCGUUUUCAAAGCCGGCAAAGGCUGCGGUGCCUGCUAUCAGGUGAGGUGCACAAGAGAUCAUGCCUGUUCCAAAAAGCCGGUGACCGUUGUGAUCACCGACGAAUGCCCCAGGGGUCCGUGUCUAGUGGAGUCCGUACAUUUCGAUCUCAACGGCACCGCGAUCGGGGCGAUGGCCUUGCCCCGCCGUGCUGAUCGUCUGCGGGGUGUCGGAGUUCUACCUAUCCAAUACACACGCGUCCCCUGCAAAUUCCCUCACAAAACCAUCGCCUUCCACGUCGCAUGUCAGGCUUCGAACCGCAACUACUUCGGGUCCUCGUCGAGUCGCCCUGACGGAGAGGGAAGCCUCAGCAACGUCGAGCUCGGCGAGUCAAGGUCAGUCAACAAGGCCACGUGGCGACCAAUGAUACAAUCCUGGGGUGCACUGUGGAAGCUUGAUUCAGGGCCGAAGCUGAGGGCUCCGUUCUCGAUAAGGCUGACGUCGCAGCACUCGAAGAAGAAGGUGGUCGCCAAGAAUGUAGUUCCGGCCAGGUGGCGGCCGGGGGCCACUUACAGGUCUCUUGUUAAUUUCCACUAGGUUGUCGAAGGCAUUUAGCGUGGUUUCAGAUUUGGACGUUGUUACUUAAUUUAGGCAGUAACAGUAGUAGGGAGCUUAG